AUGUUUAUUAUCAAGUAUCAAGACAAAAUUUCAAGAUAUACGCGUAUUGAUAUUGAAAACAUCAAGUUCUUAAGAGACUGCUUGGCAAUUCUCAAGAAGCUUAUUUCCACGUUCGAAUCAGAUAAAACCAAGAUAUCUGAUUGCUACGUAUGGCUUUGCAAGGGUAUUGAAGCACUCCAAUACCUUUCCAGCAGCAACAACAAUCCUUUUGCUGGAAUCCUUUCAAGAUCGUUGUUGAACUAUACCCUUGGAUCGGACUUUGGAGGUCUUUGGUGCUUAGCCUUCGCUUUUACACCGAAAGGUAGGUAUUAUUUCAACCAAAAAUUCGUCCACGGAGCGCAGAUCAACGAAUCUCCGGCAAUUAAUUCAUUUGAUAUUACAAACGUAACUUUCGUUAAUCCAGUAGAAGACAUUCAAUCUAUCUAUAUGGACUCUAUCUUUGAAGAAGGUUCGACUGAAGUUUCUCUUGAUAUGGUUGAGGAGGGAUCAAUUCGUCAGGUAACUGCUACAAUUGACCCUCCUAUGCUUGAUCUCGCAGAUGUAACAUCUAGUUCAAAUCAGCCGGUUAACCAUUUUGUUGCAGCUAGGCAGUAUCUCAAAAGUAUUUUGGAACAAUUUCGUAUUCCGGGUCAAACAAUAACAGAUAUUAUUACACUAUUUAACACGUAUAUUAAUAGUGAUAAUGAUAUCUUCUCUGAUGAUAUGAUUCAAGAACGUCAAGAAUACGGUUGGGAAGAAAUCUCUCAUAGAGAUGGCAAUGUAUCAAUCUUUGCAGAUAUCGCCCUUCGUGUUAUCUCCGCUUCACCUUCAGAAGCAACAUGUGAGAGAACAAUAAAAGACCAAAGAUUGAUACUAAAUUUGAAAAGAUUACGUUCUCACAAAAUUUUAUUAGAUAGGCGAGAAAUUUUAAUGGCUACAAAAUAA